CUCCAACCUCUGUGUGUCUCUGCAGUUCCUACUCACACUGGAGACUACGGGCAGGAAGUAGAGAAAAAAAGAAGACAGACGCAGAUGAAAAUAAGGAAGUAAACGCUGUCGGGUCGAAGCUGGAGGAUCUCCCCCCCCCCCCCUGCCUGCUGAAAAAUGAAAGCAUUUCUAUCGACAGCUUAUUAAUAGAAUUCAAAACACGACUGCUGUGCUACGGAAGUUAGCCGUCAAGCUAAUUCCUAAAGCUGCGACUCUUACUUUAUCUCAAAACAAGCACUAGACAGGAGCAAAUAGAGAGAGAGAGGAGAGGAGAGGAAGACACAGACGAACUCACUCCUCUUAUCCCCUGAAUUAUUAUCAGCCACUAUGGACCACAAAGGGGAACCCCAGGAAGGCGCUAUGGGACUGAAACAAGAGGAGCUGCCACAGAUGGACGGGUCAUGUGACGCAUGCGAGCCUGACGAGGCCCAACCGGCCACACAAGUUUGCCACAUCUGCAGCUUUGCCUUCUGCCCUGUCCAUGCUGACAGACAUUCCACAAGCACACAUCACCUGUUAAUGCCUUAUAACCACGCGGGGACACAAGCUGCGGGACUUAGCAACAACAGAGUCAGAGGUGCAGCGGAGGAGGGUGCAGGUGGAGGUGGAGCAGUGGAAAUGGCCGCAGAGCAGGCGAUGGAGCUGCUCGGAGUCGCAAUGGCUAAUGCAGGAAUGCAUGGUGAGCACGCAGGGGAAAAAGAAGAGGAAGCCCAGAGUAGUCCGGAGAUGGAGCUGGGUGAUGAAGCUGUGGGUGCAGAAGCAGGGCAGGAAGCCGCAGGAGAGGCUGGGAAGAGGGACACUGUGACAGUAGAGAGGCUGCGCUGCAAGGAGCACGGACAGGAGGGCUCCCUCUACUGCAAACCAGAUGAGAAGAUUAUCUGCGUUGUGUGUGCGGUGCAGGGCGAUCAUCGGGAGCAUGAGAUCAUCACUCUGCAUGAGGCGUACGUGUGGCAGAAGAGCAGGCCGGGUUAUGACCUGCUGGGCUGCACACAACAGAUGGCUGAGAAUGUCAAGACUAAGUGGACAAACCCUGAGAUGUCUACAGACGAGCUGGAGGCCUAUGUGAAUACCCAGUUCGAUGAGCUCCGCAGAUUGGUGCGUCUGGAGGAGAAGAGGACCCUUCACCUGGUGGACCUCAAGGAAGCGUUCCUGACGGCAUCCGCUGCCGAGAAGAUCGCCGAGAUCAGUGUCGAGACUGAGCGCCUGCAGGAGGAGAUGGCCAACAUCACACACCAGCUGUGCAUGCUGGAAGAGGCUGAGGUGAAGGGAAUCAGUCCUGGGUUGGCGUUAGAGGCCCUGGCAGCUGCUGGACCAGCCCACAGAGUACAGAACGACAUUGAGGCCAGGCCAAGACUGCCAGAGCCAAGAGCAGAGCCCAGGAAUCCCCGGGACUUUGAAGACAACGAUUCAGGACCUUCCAUGGACCACGCCCCCUGAUCCAAGCACAACCGACUCUUAACUCCAUCCACCUGUCCUUCAAUGUCUGCUUUAGCCAGCCGUCAGCCCUGCCGAGCUGUCAGGCUGGUCCUCUCUCUUGUCAGCCGUCUGCCUUUUACCACCACCACCACCACCACCACCCCACCCCCCUUCUUUCUCUCCCCUUUCCCUCCUCCCCUCUCGGUGCCUGCUGGCAGUGAAUUGACCUUGAAGAAAGAAAGGCUGCUGUGACAUAUAUGGAUAGCCCUCCCCCCGCUCUUUUUCUGCUCUCCAACUUUUUUUUUUUUAAUUCCUCGCUGGCUACUGACUUUCUUUAAUUGAAGUAAGUAAGUUUUGUGCAAUCAAUUACCAUCAGACUCUAUUUCCACAGCCAGUCACAUCCUUGGCUUUCUGGUGAGCCUGGCUGACUCAGAGGCGAGCGGAGCGUCUGUUAAACCCAACAGAUGUCAGAACCAGGGAAUUUCUGUGACACGUUGCGCUUCACACUUCAUUUACUCGCCAUAUCAUUUGAGUUUUUUUUCCUUCGUUUUGACAAACAUUUUGGACCGUCUCACGCAUAGAAAGGGAACAUUUGUCAGACGCCACAAUGCCUUACGCUGUCAGGAGAAUAUAUUACAGAGAUUUCCUGAGUUAUAUUUUUAUGGUAAAGAAAAAAAAACAAAGAAAUGUACUUUUUUUUUUUCUUGCUUUUCUUCUAUGAAGUUGUCUUUUCUACUUUCCAGCAUCACGUUGCCUUGGCCCCUUCUUUCAACUGCCCGACCUGCUCGUAGAUUUGAUCACACUUCCUGGUGUGCUUGUCAGAUCUAUUAUCAGAAGCGGGGGGACAUUUUGACACCUAUUGAUUCCACGAACGCUGUUGAAUCUUUGUACGGCGAGAAAUCGAACUGUAAUUUGACUGUGCAAAAUAGCACUCCCACAGUAUCAGCUUUCUACGUACUGUAAUGUAAAGGCUCAUUACUCCUGGCCAAUCUGCAGCGUAUGACGGAUUACAGUCCAGUGUGUGUUAAGUGUGUGUGCGUGCUUUUUACCUUAACCCACUCAGCCAUAACUUUCAUUCACCGCCACACAUCCUGCCUGUAUCAGCAGUUUGUCUUUAAUGUGAUUGAUUCUGUUGCCUUAAAUUCAGAUCUGAAAGCAGUGUCACCCAUAAUAUGUGGGACAUGUUUGACGACGACAUGACUUCACUGCUGCAGCACUGCACUAAGAUGCACCGAGAGUUGUAUACACGCCCAAGGGAAAUGUUGGUGUGUCAACAGCCUAUUGAAACAACUCCAACAGCUCAUUCUUUAUUCUCGAGAAACAAAAGACGAGAGUGUGGCUGUCUGAUGUUUUUCUCUUUUUUUUUUUUUUUAUUUGUCUAUUUUUGUCUUAAAUCUAUAAAUAAAAAAGCCUCUAUCUUAGAUUUGAUGUCGAAGAUGACAUUUUGAUUUUAAA